GCGGCCCGGGGCGGGCGGGGAGGGCUCGGCUGCGGUACUCAGUGACCCCGCGGGACAGCCGCACAUCAUGGUGGACUACUACGAAGCGCUGGGGGUGAGCCGCAAUGCCACUGCCGAUGACAUCAAGAAGGCGUACAGAAAGGCCGCGCUGAAAUGGCACCCGGAUAAAAACCCAGACAACAAGGAGUACGCCGAGCAGAGGUUCAAGGAGAUAGCUGAGGCAUAUGAAGUGCUGUCGGACAAGCAGAAGCGCGAUGUCUACGACCGUUACGGCAAGGACGGACUCAUGGGGGCAGCAGGACCAGGGGGCUCCAGGGCUGAUGCUGGGGCCCCUGAAUUCACCUUCACCUUCCGCAGCGCUCAUGACGUCUUCCGGGAGUUCUUCGGCGGGCGAGACCCCUUCGCCGACUUCUUUGAUGAGAUGCUGCCCUUCUCCGAGCUGCGAGGACCUGGCCCCCGGCACCACGGGGGAGGCCACUUCUUUUCCCCCUUCCCAGGAUCCUCAGAUUUCUUCGCCUCGUCCUUUGGCUCCGGCGCCGACGCAGGGCUGGGCUUCCGCUCCGUCUCCACCUCCACCACCUUCGUUAACGGCAGGCGCAUCACCACCAAGCGGAUUAUCGAGAACGGGCGGGAGCGGGUGGAAGUGGAGGAGGACGGGGAGCUGAAGUCGAUCCACAUCGAUGGCGUCCCCGACGACAUGGCGCUGGGGCUGGAGCUGAGCCGGCGGGAGCAGCAAGCCUUCCCCAGCCCACGGCCCCCCUCGCCUCCGCCGCCUGCCCCGCACCAGCCCCCGAGCUCCUCACCCGUCUGCCUCUACACGGACAGCGAGGAUGAGGACGAGGACUUGCAGCUGGCCAUGGCCUACAGCCUCUCCGAGAUGGAGGCUGCGGGGCACCACCGAGCAGGUGUGUUCUGAGGCUGCUGCGCCCGGGGACCGCGCACGCCCGCUCGCCCACGGAGGCUCUCCCAGCCAGGAUUCCGCUUUGUCCCUGCACGGCCACCCCCUGCCACCCCCUUCCCUCAGCACCCUCUGGCUCCGUGGGACGUGGCGGGGGAGGGGGGCACGACAGGGCUUAUGGCUGAGCAAUACCUGGGGCUGGGGGGAGAUGCCCCAGGCACCACGAGGUGGUGGGGAGGAUGGUGAU